AUGGCUGGAUACUGUGAUCCUGAUGCAUGUGAAACAUUGCUAGUUUCUUAUCGCGGUGGCAACCUUAUCGUUAUCGGGUUCCGCAAUAACCAUCCAACUUCGCCUUGCAACACUGCACUGGACUGGCUUGACCAGGCUGGUGUCAAAGUUGCGGCGAUGUCGACUUAUGAGGAAUGCUCCCCUGCACCAUCGCCCGUACUAUUCCAAAUGCCCUAUCUCGACACCCCACCACGCGCCGAGGAUACUGGUCCUAUGGGGCAUUUUGUCGAUACCCGUGCUGAAGCCAGCAUGGUAACUGUGUCCCAACGAAUCGGAGCUACGGCCGCAGGAGAGUUCGCAUGGCGCCCGCCUUCCCCUCCUCAUAUUGCCAUUCCCCAACCUGCGGAGGACAAUGUAUUUGUGAUUCCCGAAUAUGACGGUUUCGAAGUUGACGCGGAUGAACGCGAGAUUCUGAAAAUCAUCACUCAUGGAGGCCAAGAACAAGUUGCUUCUGGAAUGACCGGCGAUUGGCAGUACGAAUGGCGACGCAACGCACAAUGCAUACUCUCCUUCCUCUACCUGGGCCCGUCCUCCGCCGCUAGAGACAUCGACUACCUCCGAUCAGAAGGCAUCACGAUGCUGCUUGUGAUCAGAAAUACUACAACCGCACAAGCUAGGCUCCUGGGUGGAGAGAAGGUUGCCAACCAACUGGGCAUACAGGCAGCAGCUGUUGAUGUUGAGGGAAACCCUCAGCUCAUUGCUGCUUUUCCUGCGGCUAUUAAGAUCAUCAAUGACCAUCUGAUUUCGAUCUACCGACAGAACAUGUUCAAGGCACAGAACCGACACGACCAUAUUCGCCCCAUCCAGGGAAAGGUCCUAGUCUUCUGCGAGACAGGCAAUGAACGAUCUACCGCUGUCAUCGCUGCAUAUCUCAUGAACAUGUACUACAUGGACCUGGUUACUACAAUCCAGUACAUACAAUCCCACCGGUUCUGUAUUGCUCUUGAUGACGGUUUGAAGAAUCUCCUGUUAAGUUACCACGACCUCCUGCAAGCUCGAAAGGCCGUUGCUGGUGCUGCAGCCCCAUGGCUAGACUUCGGUCGAGGAAAUAAGCCAGCUUCAAAGCGAGGUAGGGAUGAGGUGGACGACAAUAACGUUGACGAUAUGGAUACGAUGACCCUUGACGACAUAGAGAGGUUUGAUAAUCGUGCCGGCUUUGUUCCAUUCCGGGAUGGCCCUUCUCAAUGA